AUCGGAUGGGGAGGGGGAUCAGAAAAUCCAUGGGCGUUGAUUAUAUGCCAACAUAGCGGCCUCAUCGAAAGAAAGGAUGGCUUAUAGUGGGGGAAAGCAUUCUGCACAUAUUCAUUGGCACUGCUAAGAAUGUCUCCGUUUGCUGUUGUGAUGGUGCUCAAAGGUAGCAAGGCAAGGACGCAUGUAAAACAACCCGAAAUGCCAAGCACUUCUUUACAGGCAAUGAAAAGCUAGCACUGAAGUUAUUCUCCAAAUUGUUUGAGCAAACGUAGAGGACUCUCGUUCUAGAAUAAAUCGGUAAAACGACAUUGCGUGUCUCUUAACCCCACAUCCUGAGGAACAGCUACGCAGCCUUUUCGCCUCUCCUACUUCAAUAUUUUGCGGUCAACCCUGGAAUCCACAGAGCGCAGUCAUGACUUUUUUUUUUCUUGUUAAUAAAAGGCUUGAAAAUUAUUAAUAGUCCCUUAAAUCACGGCAGCGGCUCUGGUUGGUUUGUAGCAACGUCUACUAUGGUGAUGUCAGCAGAAAAUCACAGCGAAAGGCGGAUCCGACCGUUUCUAGGAGCCGGCGCUGCUAGGUAAUGUUCAUUUACACGUCUGAGAAAUCAUGAAAUCGGUGUCACUUGCAGCCAUUUUUUGGUGUAUCCUAAUACCAUCAUUUGAGACCAGCAAGACAUUUGAAGACAUCCGCUGCAAGUGUGUCUGCCCGCCAUAUCGUAAUAUAACAGGACAGAUUUACAAGAACAAUGUAUCACAGAAAGAUUGUAACUGCCUGCAUGUGGUAGACCCUAUGCCAGUGCCAGGGCAUGAUGUUGAGGCAUAUUGCCUGUUGUGUGAGUGCAAGUAUGAAGAACGAAGCACCACGACCAUCAAGAUUAUCAUCAUCAUUUAUCUCUCAGUGAUUGGAGCUCUUCUACUCUACAUGGUCUUUUUAAUGGUAGUUGACCCUUUUAUCCGCAAACCUGAUGCCUAUACUCAGCCCCUACACAAUGAAGAAGAGUCAGAGGAUCCCUGUUCCUUGACAGCUAUACGUCCUUCAGCCAAUGCCAGAACAAAUACAGUGCUGGAGAGAGUGGAAGGAGCCCAGGAAAGGUGGAAGCGUCAGGUGCAGGAACAGCGGAAGACUGUGUUUGAUCGGCACAAGAUGCUAAGCUAGACCUUUUUAGGUGUGAGCUGCAGCUGCUGGUUAGCUAGGCAAAAUUUUGUUCGCCAAUACAGACCCCCAAAUCUGUAGUUUAAAUAUCUUGCACCUGCUGUUUCUGAUUGGGUUUGCUUGUUGUCCUCCUCAGUCUACCCAAGAGAAUAUGCUGCAUUUGAAGCAAGCUGCUGGCUGCAGAUUCCAUCUAUGAGGCUGCCACUUGCUUUAUUUGUUGCUGUAAGGAAAAAAAUAACUCUAGAAUAACUAAAAGUGAGAAACAAUUGCAACUUUGGGUUCUAUAAUCUGCCAAGCAUUGGUCUGGUUUGGUGAUAAAAAUGUGGCAUGCAUUUAUUCGUUAUUGCUUACUAACCUGUGGCUUGGCUUUUAGCUCAAGUUGGAUGUAUUAUUAAUGGAAUGAUAACAGCAACAUCCUUUUCAUUCCGUUGACUGUAUGCCAAUAUAUGAUCCUUCACUGUUGCAAAAUACCUACAGAGAAGUGGCUUGGAUCUAUGUGUAACAUGCUAGUUUGAAAAGUUGGCACUAAAGAUAGAAAUGCAAUAAGGGAAAUUAACUCAGCAAAAAGGAGUAAUAGUAUUUGGCUCAUAAAUUCUUACAGAUUUUUUCUUCAAGGAUUUUUUUUCAGGAUAGUUAACUACACCAAAGAAAUAUGGACAGAUAUUUUUUUAGCACUAUCAUAGUUAAUGGUAAGCCAUGGUUAACCCAUCACAAGUAUGAGUUCUGUGCUUCCCAGUCUCCUAAAGGGACCAAACCAAGAAGCUUGUGGGUGCCUCUUUCACAUGCAGAUUUUUAAACAAUCAAGAGGUUAUACAGAUUCUUGUAUUUCUUUGCUUUGGAGACAGCUUAAUUGCUGCCUAGGUUAGAUCUCAAUUUUCAAAGUACAUUGAACAGAUGAAGCCAUUGCUGUUCAUACAAUUGCAUAUGCAAACAAAGAAUACUUUGCACAUGUUAACUAUUGAAAAUCCUUUGCUUCAAGAUUUAUCUCACAGGAAGGAAAGUGGAUUAUUUAGCGCAAAGGAAAUUGCCCUUCUACAUGUGGCAGUUUAUCCCAGUAUGUAGAACUGGAUUCUACUAUCAAAGGACAUUUAUAGAAAUAUAGCCUUAGAUUUUAAUAUCAGUUCAAAGAGUGACAUGCAAUAUGCAAAAUAAAAUUUAACUCGACUUAAUGGAAAAUUUCCUGCAUGCAUUUGGAUAUGGCCUACAUGGGUCAUAAUUGUUUUACAAUACAUCAACCAACCGCUUGCCCAAAUGUAUGGGACAUUGCAUUGAAAUUUGUUUUGAUGGUACUUGUAGCAGCCAGAUUUAUGCCACCAAUUAAAGGGAAGUAGUAUUAAUAGUAUGUAAUGGUGAAAUGUAAUGUUGUAAUGGUCACUCAGAUGCAAAAGACACUAUCAAGAGAUUUUGAAGGUUGGACAGUAUUUUUUCCGCAUGCAAAAAUAUUUAUGUAUUAAAUGAUCUACUUUAUCUCUUAAAAUAUCUCUGGCAGAUUUUAUCAGUCUUUGUUACUAUGCAGCAUCUGUUCAUUAAAGAAAGUAUGUACAAUA